UCUAUAUUGGAGACUGUUUAGCAAUGAGUAUUUCAGCAGUUUGGGUGCUUUUGGGAUUACUAUUUUGUGCCCAGUCCCGGUGCUCAGAGUGUCCUGGUGGCUGUGAGUGUUUUGCUGUCACACGCACAGUGAAAUGUGUGUCUACGGAUCUUCUGAUGGUGCCACAAAUUAUUCCAGGAUAUGCAAAGACUGUCAUCAUCACGGAGAAUACUAUUCACAGAAUUGGACCUGAUUCCUUUAAAGAGCUGGAGAAUGUUUCCAAGGUCAUUUUAAGCAAUAAUAGGAUGACACAGAUGGCAUCACACAGCUUCUCUGCUCUCAUCAACCUGCACUUCCUGGACCUCAGCGGUAACCAGUUGUCAGUUAUCCAUCCGGAAGCUCUGAGCAUCCCCGGGAGUCCUCUGCAAGAGCUCAACUUGAGCCGCUCGCUCUACAACUUCACCGCACUGACAGACCUCACCACGGCUCUCCGCUGGGGGGACCUCCGGGGGCUCCUCUGUCUUGACCUCUCCGGGAAUCACCUUGCUCUGCUUCCCCCGGGGAUAUUCUCUGACCUGCUCAGUCUGCAGCAGCUCUUCCUUAGCAACAACUCUCUGGUGGCAGUCUACAGCGGAACCUUCUCCGGCAUGAACAACCUAGAGCUGCUUGACUUGUCACACAAUGCCUUCAGGACAUUCGGGACUGAUGAUCUCAAAGAGCUGGAGAAGCUCGGAAGCAUUCGGAUCCUUUUGGGUAAAAAUCCCUACUCCUGCUCCUGUGAGAUCCAGAAUUUUGUGGCUUGGUUGAAUAAUUCACGGGCUCAAAUAGAUGUAGACUCUGUGAGGUGCAUCUCACCAAAGGGGUUGACCAACAGCCAGCUCAGAGGACUUGGGUUGAGGGCCAUCGGAUGCAUUGUUCCCACCCAAACAGAGAUUAGUGACCUUAGCCUACAGACGUCGUAUGUCUUCCUUGGGCUCGUGCUGGGCUUUGUGGGCAUGGUCUUCCUCUUCGUACUCUACCUGAAUCGUAAAGGCAUGAAGAGGUGGAUAAUUGAAAUGAGAGAUGCAUGUCAUGAUGUCAUGGAGGGAUAUCACUAUCGAUAUGAGAUUGACUCAGAUCCACGCUUGGGGCACAUCUCAGCCCACAACGGCAUCAGCAGGGCACGUCAGCAUGUAGAAAUAUCUCUGUCACAGGAGCCACCAGAUGACACUUGUAUUGUUGCCGAAGACGCACAGGUCAACCCUCUAAAAUCUACUUCUGAAGCUAGAAAUGUCUUGUAGACUAGUUGAAUGCCAGUAGGUUUAGUUUGUUUUUUUGUCUCAGAGCUUCUGCAUGUACUGCAGCUAAACGUAAUAAACUUAACCUUAAAAGUG